AUUUACGGAAAACAAUGGAAGAUAUUAUCCUUAUGGGCCAAAAACACAUGGAAGGGAAGCAAAUUACCGUUAAAGUCGGGACGCAGAAAUUUGUGCUACAAAAUCAGAUGCAACAUCUUAUUACAGGUAUCCGUUUUGGAAAAAAACUGGAUCGACAAUACGGUGCAGGGGGAUAA